GCAUGCAUUUCCCUCCCUCUUUUUUUUUUGCUCUCUACCCUCUCAUUCACUCUCUCUCUCCCCUCACGCACACACACACACACGCUCCCUCGCAUUUCGUGGGAGAAAGUAAGAAGAGGGAGAGAGAAAGAGAGAGAUUGAGCGAGAGUGAUUUGAAGCCUCUCUCUGCUCUCUCCGCUUUUCUGUUCACUCAGACUCAAUGGGGCUCUAGCAUUAGGGGUUUCAAGCUGUAAAACUACAUAUUUAUUACCCGUUCCCUUCUUUUUAUUUAAGUUUUGUACAUAACACAGAUAACUUAUUGAAGAACAAGUCCAACCAAACCGGUCAAAUAACUUGGGAACUAUGGAUAUUCGGAAGAAGCGGAGGCCGUGGUGCAUGGAGACCUCGUUCGUGCUCCUCCUGUGCCUUACUUUGGCACAAGCAGAUCCGAUAGAUGUUUUGCGGGUGUUGCAGUUGCCUUCCCUCCCUGAAGGUGUGCAGAAGGUUCCGGGUUUCUGCACCUCCCGUCGGUCCGGCACUCCUGAUCAUGCCUACCGCGUCACUAAGAAAGCCCAGAUCUCUGCCCCCACCAAACAGCUAUUCUCAGGACGUUUCCCGGAGAACUUCUCCAUCAUGACUCUGGUAAAGGCCAAGGCUGGUCUUCAGGCCUUCCUGCUGUCCAUCUACAAUGAGCAGGGUGUACAGCAGCUCGGUCUAGAGUUGGGACGCUCGCCCAUCUUCCUGUAUGAGGACCAGAAUCGCAAACCCGCCCCAGAGGACUACCCACUGUUCAAAGGGGUCAACCUGGCUGACGGCAAGUGGCACCGCAUUGCAGUUUCUGUGCAGAAGAAGAACAUCACUCUGAUCCUUGACUGCAAGAAUCGCAUUACAAAAACUCUGCCGCGUAGCAACAACCCAGUUUUGGACACUAAGGGCAUCACUGUCUUUGGAGCCCGUCUCCUGGAUGAGGAGGUCUUCCAGGGUGAGAUCCAGCAACUGCUGAUCGCAUCCAAUCCUCAGGCCGCUUAUGACUUCUGCGAGCACUACAGCCCUGACUGUGACUCCCCUCUGCCUAAAGUCCAGUCCCAGGACCCAAACAGCUACGGGAAGGCAAACAACGGCAAAGCCGAUAAGUCAAAAACUGCGCCAGCCAAAGCCCCUCCAGCUAAACCAACUAAAGCCAAGCCAACUCCAAAGCCAAAGUCCAAACCUACAGCUGCGCAAAUCUUGAUCUCAAAGAUAAAACCUACUUUAGCAUCCAAAACGAAAGCAACACCGGCCCCAAAGAAGACAAACGACAAUGGAAAAAAUAACGGUCAAACUAAAGUAAAUGGUAAUGGCAAUGGCAAAAGCAAUGGAAAUGGGAAAGACGCUAAUGGUAAAGCUAAGGCUGGCAGCAAUGGCAAAGCCAAUAACAAUGGCAAUGGGAAGGCAGCUGUGGAGAAAAAAGCUAACGGAGAAGCUAAAGCUAAUAGCAAUGGUGCGAAAACAGCAACAGCGAAGACUGAAAAGGCAGCAGUGACCAAAGUAACAGUAGCAGCUGUGAAGAAAGCAGAGACCAAACCACAACCAGCCAAAGACAAAACAAAAGCCAAUGCUGCACCGGCAAAGUCUAAAGCGACCAAACCUGUUCAGACCAAAGUCGCUAAAACUCAAAAACCCACCCUUGCACCUUUGCCUCUCCCUUCAAAGCCUGAGGUCUUGGAUGUCAAUAACGUCAAAUCAGCAUCCAAAAAUUACCCACCCUUCGACAAGGCUGCUGUGAGAGGCACGUCCAUGUCUUCUCCAGUAAUUCCCAAGAAGAAACCCACCAAUGGUUAUCAACAGGAUGUAGAUCCUGCUUACUCAGAGGCUGACCACACCCCCACCGAGACUGAUUAUUAUUACACAGUAGAAGAAGAGGCGAGCCCACAGCCAGAGAGUGAUCUGAAUGGAUAUGAAGAAACCAUUAACCAGGUCGACGAGACUGUCGGCGUCGAGGGCAUGGAUGCGGCCAAGUCAGGUGGUGAAGGGGUGGCUCAGACGCCAGACGAGCCCUUCACCGAGGAAUAUGUUACAGGCGACUUUGGAAUGAGGGAGUAUGACUAUUCCUACAAGGACUACAAUGAGCCCAUCAUCGAAAGCAAGACGGAUGAACCCUUUGGCCCUGCCCUGUCCGCUGUGACGGAUGAGGGAGGUGCCUUCAUGCGAGCCCAGAAGGGAGAGAAGGGAGAGCCUGCUGUCCUUGAACCUGGCAUGUUGAUUGAAGGACCACCUGGACCAGAAGGACCAGCAGGUCUCCCUGGCCCCUCUGGCUCCCAGGGACCCCCUGGUUCUGUUGGUGAUCCUGGUGAGAGGGGUCCUCCUGGUAAAGCUGGUCUACCUGGAGCGGACGGUGUCCCAGGACCUCCUGGAACUUCUGUCAUGCUUCCUUUCCGUUUUGGACAGAGUGCUGGUGAAAAAGGGCCCGUUGCCUCAGCACAGGAGGCCCAAGCUCAAGCCAUCCUGUCUCAGGCUAGGUUGGCUAUGAAAGGCCCAUCAGGGCCAAUGGGUUUCACUGGCCGUCCAGGACCUAUGGGAACACCUGGAAGUCCUGGCUUGAAGGGAGAAAGCGGAGACCCUGGUCCUCAGGGCCCCAGAGGUCCUCAAGGAUUGUCUGGUCCUCCUGGUAAAGCUGGUCGGAGGGGUCGUGCUGGUGCCGAUGGAGCCAGAGGGAUGCCAGGAGAGCCUGGAAUUAAGGGCGACCGUGGCUUUGAUGGCCUUCCUGGUUUGCCUGGUGACAAGGGUUAUCGUGGCCAAACUGGAGGAAUGGGACCCCCAGGACCUCCUGGAGAGGAUGGAGAAAGGGGAGACGAUGGAGACGUUGGACCUAGAGGUCUUCCCGGCGAACCAGGGCCCCGUGGGUUGCUGGGGCCUAAAGGGCCAGCUGGACUUCCUGGACCUCCUGGUGUUCGCGGAAAUGAUGGUCCACAUGGUCCAAAAGGAAACUUGGGACCUCAAGGAGAGCCUGGCCCUCCAGGACAGCAGGGGGCUCCAGGAACACAGGGAAUGCCAGGCCCACAGGGUGCUAUUGGACCACCAGGAGAGAAGGGACCCACAGGAAAGCCAGGUCUACCAGGAAUGCCCGGCGCUGACGGUCCUCCUGGUCAUCCCGGAAAGGAAGGCCCCGGUGGAACCAAAGGAAAUCAGGGUCCUAAUGGUCCUCAGGGGUCUAUUGGCUAUCCUGGCCCUCGGGGAAUUAAGGGAGCUCAAGGUAUCCGUGGACUGAAGGGCCAUAAGGGAGAGAAGGGAGAGGAUGGAUUCCCUGGAAUCAAAGGAGACUUUGGUGUGAAGGGAGAGAGGGGAGAGGUGGGAGUGCCAGGCCCAAGAGGAGAGGAUGGUCCUGAGGGGCCAAAGGGUCGCGUUGGUCCCCCUGGUGAAAUUGGUCCUAUCGGCCUGUUGGGAGAGAAGGGUAAACUUGGUGUGCCUGGACUUCCUGGAUAUCCCGGAAGGCAAGGAAUUAAGGGCUCCCUGGGUUUCCCAGGAUUCCCUGGUGCAAAUGGCGAGAAAGGCGCAAGGGGUUUGAUUGGAAAACCUGGACCAAGAGGACAAAGAGGGCCAACAGGCCCCAGAGGACAGAGAGGCCCCCGUGGGGCAACAGGAAAACCAGGUGCUAAGGGUGGAUCUGGAAGUGAUGGACCUCCUGGACCACCCGGGGAGAGAGGACUAACUGGACCUCAAGGUCCAAAUGGAUUCCCUGGGCCAAAGGGACCUCCCGGACCUCCUGGAAAGGAUGGACUGCCUGGACACCCUGGACAAAGAGGCGAAGUUGGUUUCCAAGGCAAAAUGGGACCACCUGGGCCACCAGGAGUUGUUGGACCACAGGGUCCCUCUGGUGAGACUGGUCCGAUGGGUGAGCGUGGUCACCCAGGACCCCCAGGACCACCCGGUGAGCAAGGUCUUUCUGGACCUUCUGGUAAAGAGGGAACCAAAGGAGAUCCUGGUCCCCCCGGCGGCCCUGGUAAAGAUGGACCCUCUGGACUGAGAGGAUUCCCAGGAGAGAGAGGACUGCCAGGAACUCCAGGCACUGGAGGACUGAAAGGAAAUGAAGGCCCUGCUGGACCACCUGGACCUGCUGGAUCACCUGGGGAGAGAGGACCAGCUGGCACUGCAGGUCCUGUUGGCCCACCUGGACGACCUGGACCUCAGGGGCCCCCUGGUGCUGCGGGAGAAAAGGGAGUGCCAGGAGAGAAAGGUCCAAUUGGCCCAGCUGGUCGCGACGGCAUUCAAGGCCCAGUUGGUCUUCCAGGCCCUGCUGGACCUCCAGGUACCGCUGGAGAGGAUGGAGACAAGGGUGAGGUUGGAGAGCCAGGACAAAAGGGAGGUAAAGGAUCCAAGGGAGAACAUGGUCCUCCUGGUCCACCUGGGCCAAUGGGUCCUGUUGGACAGCCUGGUGCAGCUGGUGCUGAUGGUGAGACAGGUGCCAGAGGUCAACAGGGACCAUUUGGUGCUAAGGGAGAUGAAGGGACAAGAGGAUUCCCUGGACCUCCAGGCCCCAUCGGACUACAGGGUUUGCCAGGCCCAGCUGGAGAAAAAGGAGAGACAGGAGAUGUUGGUCCAUUGGGUCCUCCUGGUCCCCCAGGUCCACGUGGUCCAGCUGGUCCUAAUGGUGCUGAUGGUCCUCAAGGUCCCCCAGGAGGUUUGGGUAAUCCAGGUCCCACUGGAGAGAAGGGUGAACCUGGUGAAUCUGGACCACCUGGAGUUGGUGGAGAGCCAGGAAAAACGGGCCCGAGAGGAGAGCGUGGUGAAAAGGGAGAAGCUGGGCAGCCGGGCACCCCUGGUCCUGCUGGUGGAAAAGGACCCCCUGGAGAUGAUGGACCCAAAGGAAACCCUGGUCCUGUUGGUUUCCCUGGUGAUCCUGGUCCCCCUGGUGAAGUUGGACCACGUGGCCAAGAUGGUGCGAAGGGUGAAAGAGGAGAGGAUGGAGAACAAGGAGAAGCUGGUUCACCUGGACCGACUGGUGAGAACGGACCACCUGGACCUCCAGGAAAGAGAGGUCCUCCAGGCACAAGGGGACCAGAGGGUCGUCAGGGUGAGAAAGGAAGCAAGGGAGAUGCAGGUGCCCUUGGGCCUCCAGGAAAGACCGGCCCUGUGGGGCCACAGGGUCAACCAGGAAAACCAGGAACUGAGGGUCUAAGAGGGUUGCCUGGAACAGUGGGUGAGCAAGGUUCUCCAGGUGCUGCUGGCCAGAAAGGACCACCUGGACCAAUGGGUCCUCCAGGUUUGGCAGGUCUUCGUGGUGACCCCGGUGCUAAGGGUGAGAAGGGACAUCCAGGUAUGCUUGGUCUGAUUGGGCCUCCCGGAGAACAGGGAGAGAAGGGAGACCGAGGCCUGCCGGGACCUCAGGGAUCAUUUGGACCCAAGGGAGAAACGGGUAUGCCUGGAGGAACUGGCCCUCUUGGUCCUGCAGGUCCUGCUGGUAUGCCUGGUCCGAGGGGUAUCAAAGGAGCUAAAGGUGCCACUGGUGGAGCUGGUCCUAAAGGAGAAAAAGGUGUACAAGGACCUCCAGGACCACCUGGACCCCCUGGUGAUGUCAUCCAGCCACUGCCCAUUCAGAUCCCCAAGAAGUCCAAGCGCUCCAUCGACGCUAGUAAGAUGCUCUCUGAGACUGACGCUGAGGCUGCCGACACCACGGGCACAGAGUUUCUGACCGGUAAUGAGGGUAUGGAGGAGAUCUUCGGCUCACUCAACUCUCUGCGUCAGGAGAUCGAGAGCAUGCGCUUCCCGCUGGGAACGCAGGAAAGCCCGGCCCGCACCUGCCAGGAUCUCCACCUCAGCCAACCAGAUUUGAAAGACGGCGAGUACUGGAUUGAUCCAAAUCAAGGCUGUGCUCGGGACUCUUUCAAGGUUUACUGUAACUUCACUGCCGGUGGAGAGACGUGCUUGUAUCCCAGCCAAGCUGUGGAAAAUGUGAAGAUGAACACUUGGCCAAAUGAGAAGCCCGGGUCCUGGUUUAGCCAGUUUGCGAAGGGCAGCAAGUUUUCAUAUGUUGAUUCGAGUGGAGUGCCCGUGGGUGUUGUCCAGCUGGGAUUCUUACGGUUGCUCAGCGUUCAGGCCCGUCAAAACCUAACCUACCACUGCCACAAAUCAGUGGCCUGGGCGGACCUCACUACCGAUGGUGGCUACCAGAGGGCGCUGCAAUUCCAGGGUGCCAACGAUGAAGACCUGAGCUAUGAGACCAGCCCCUACAUCAAAGCCCUCAUGGAUGGCUGCUCUUAUCGUAAAGGCUUGGACAGGACAGUGCUGGAGGUGAACACACCUCAGGUGGAGCAGCUCCCCCUGCUGGACAUCAGGAUCUCAGACUUUGGGGAGGACAAUCAGAAAUUUGGUUUUGAAGUGGGACCUGUCUGUUUCCUGGGAUAAACACACACAUGCUGAGGGCAAGGGGAAUACAAUCACCGAUAGACACGAAAAACACACACACACAAACAUACUCACUUAAUCAUGCACUUAAAACCUAGACAUAAAUAGUGCCAACACUAAUAAAGACAUUUGAAAUCACGUGUAAAAAGUGGGACACAUAGAUUCACACACACACACAUACACAUACACACACGCACACACACAAUGUUGUGAAACAAAGUUGCACACAAAGUACACGCCCAGGGAAAAACACUCCCAGCAACGGAGGAGAAGAGAGCCAUUCUCGCAGGAGAGAAGAUGUUCUGUGUUGGAGCAGAUACUGCUGGCCUAAAGCGGAAGACCCUCCCGUUUCGGCCCCCUCUCUCUCCUACAGCUCCCCUCCCCACUGUUCCUCUUCUGAGACGUUCCACUCUUCCUACCUCCAUGCCUGAUCGCUCCUUUUAUAGUCCUGUGCAAAGCUACGCCCCCCUCCCCACUUCCUUCCUUACCUUAUAGAAUAGAAUGUUUGCACGUGCAACAUUUAAACUGAGGAACGGAAUCAAGAGCAUGAAAAUUCCAUUAGAAUGAUUUCAAAUCACACCAGCAACUGUCAUCAGCAUAUGAAAUGAAAAGCCAUUUAAAUGUAAAAUUGUAUUGAAUUUGAUAUUGUUGUACAUUUAUUAUAAGAAUUUUUUUUUUUUUUGUUCAUGCCAUAAACAUGCUGCCAAUUUACCAGUCCAGUAUUUUUUGGUGAAAGUAUAUAAGCUGGUUAUUGUUUCAUUACAGAGGCCUUUAAAAAAAAUUUUUUUUCAGACACAUUGUGCUGUUUUGACACCCAUGGGUUUGUGACCUUUGACCUUUCGUGUGGACAGUGUUCAAGGCUGGAGUUGUGCAUUAGAACCAUUUGUACAGAAAUAUUUUAUUGUAUUUAUUUUGUGAAACAAACAGGUGCUCACAAGAAAACGGCCGACACUUGCAGUACAAAAUAAUGUGGUAUUCAUCUGUAAUUAUUUCCUGUAGUUUUUUCAUUUAUUAAAUAUGUAAAUUAAACCCCAGAAAGCAAAUCUGCCUUCUCUGUAUGACAUGUACACUUGGUGAUAUCAGAUCAUGCUGCAUUAUUUCAAUAAUUAGGAGAGUUUGGUGCAGGUGGAGACAACAAAAAGACCAAAAUGUCUCAAGAUUCAGACAGCAGUGGAGAAGGGACAGGAAGAGGAAGGAGAGGGAAGGAAACUGAUGGUGGUUUGUUUUUUAUGUAUAUGUUUUGUUUCUUUUUUUAAAACAUGGCGAGGGGAAUGAAAAGCUAUAAAAAAGUAUUUGUGAAUUAAAAGUUGUUUGUGUGGUUUUCUCACAAGGACAAUACUGCCAGGAUUGUUUUUGUCGGCAAAAGACAAACAUCUGUCUUUAUAACAUAUGGUGCUAAAACGUGUUUUAUGUAAGUACUUCAGAAUCUGUUUGUGUAAUAUAUAAUCUAUUUAAAGAGCUGUUGGACUCCCUUGUUGUUCUUGUCCCCGUUUGUUUUCUAUUGUCAUGGUCACAUGGUGCUUUUGCUAAUAUUUCAUCUGCUUUUUCAGUCUUCUGAGCCAAACUCCCAUUUUCACCUUUUAACAACUAAGCACGUCUCUUGUGUCAUAGUGAAACCACAAUAUGUAAUCUGGCCACUUUGCUUUAAACAAAUCUUAAAACCUUUUUAAUUUGUUUUAGUCUGGGUUUUGAAAUGUUAACUGUUUUAAUUCUGACUUGAUGUUAUUUUGGUCCAAACGUUCCCAUUAAACCACACAUCAACACA